ACGGAGUGUAAAUACCGUGGUGGAACCCUGCCUAUGGCAAUGACGAAGCGCCCCUGGUGGAACUCAUGCCACAACAGACUUUCAGUGAGGUUGAUUCAGGGUGUCUCUUCACCUUGUGUCUAUCAACAGGCGAUUUGCUGUCUUCCAUCGUGCAGGACCCGGUCGCCCUUUUUGAUCUAUGCUAAUAGCAGCCUGGUGCAUAUAAAGCUGAAGAGAUGACGCCACUCCAUUUGCAAACGGUACUCCCCUUCACAUCCACAACCUGCCCCUUCUCGAUUCACAUUUCUUGCGCAAAUCCAAGCAUCCCCUUAUCCCCUCAUCCAGCCCCGCCAUACAAAAAUCAGCACGCAACCAUGCACUCGGCAAAACUCACCAUAGCUCUUAUUAUCAGUGCAACAUGCGGUCUUGUAACAGCUCAAUUCGGAGAUAUAAAUAUCAAUAAUUUCUCUUGCCCCAACGCGCCACAUACUGAAGGUCGAUGCGUCUACAUCCGCUACAAUACGCCUGAUCGUCCAAAAUCCGGUGCGGAAUAUUACGUCUUGGAUUCCGCUGUGGAAAAGAAACCGGGAGUUUGGAACUGUGGUUUUAACCUUGCAAAGUGUUGCCAUGUCAAGGAAUCGUUCAUGUCCCGGGACACCGAAUCAAUGGCUGAUGGGCUUAAGCGCUUGUGUGAAAAUCCUGCUUAUCAGUAAGAGACACGGCGCUCCCGCAACUCCACACCCGAUUUCUCCCUGAAUUAUGAACACCACAGCCAUGCCUUCAAUGCUGUUCCCUCAACUUCUUGUGGCGUAGUGUUGCAAUCAGCUGUCGAGCCCAAUACCAUCUAGUAUAUGAAGAUGUAAAAAAAUGUAAACAGCCGUUGUUGACAGGUCUCAUUUCUAUGUAUGCCCAACGUCAACAUCCUGUUUUCCUCUUCCUCAGACAGUCCAAAAUCCAACUGCUUCAUGAACUGAAUCACCUGUCAAGAAU